AUGGUUAAAGCGUGGUACGAGGCGUCGGACGGGCGGCUGACGCCGCGCCUGGCGGCCGCCGACAAGUGCGCCGAGGAGGCCGGCCUGCGCGUCAACGGCAAGGGCAAGAAGAUGCGCAAGCCACGCACCAUCUACUCGUCGCUGCAGCUGCAGCAGCUGAACCGCCGCUUCCAGCGGACGCAGUACUUGGCGCUGCCCGAGCGCGCCGAGCUGGCCGCGUCGCUCGGCCUCACGCAGACGCAGAUUUAA